AUGAGUGGAUUUACACAUUAUAAAAUAGAAACAACAGAUUCAAGAAUAGAUGCUUAUCAACCUUAGAGAAAUUAUUAAUAUUAAUCAUACACAAAUACACAAUUAAGGUAUAAUUUUAGAUUGAUUUAUAUAGGUCUGAUGAUUAUAAAGUAUAAAGUAUUCCAAUCAUUUAAGAAUAAAUAACUUUAACUGAUUAAUCAUCUAUUUAGAAGAUUAUUGAAGCAAAAAAUAGAGGUAACAAAAUCGUUAUUAUUAGAAAUUACAAAUUUAAGAGAGAGUGUGAAUUCUUUGAAUAAUUAAAUAUCUGAUUAUUUGAAAGAAUUAGAUUAAUGGAAAUAUAAGUAUAAAUAAUUACAAGCUGAAAAAGGAAUUAGUCAUAUUACUACAGUUAGUUAGGUCAAUGAUUAUGAAAUUAAUUAAUAUAAAGAGGAGAUAAAUAAACUUAGAUAAGAAAACAAUGAAUAUAAGUAUAGAUUGGAAAGAAAUACAAGUGUUAUUUCAAAUGAUUAUGAAGUUAAUUAAUUGAAGAUGUAAAUUAAGUAAUUAGAAGAACAAUAAAAGAAAUCUUCAUAUGUAUCUUAUAUACCAAAUUAAGAAAUUAAUGAAUUGAAAGAUCAAAUUAAAUAAUUAACAUUUGAAAAGGAAGAUCUAAUUAAAGCCAAAAAUUUAUUAAAUUAAUAAUUCUAAUAAUCAUAAAUAUAAAUCUAAUCAAGCAAUUCAAAAUUAUCAUAUGGUUAAGAUUUAGAUUAAUUUAGAAAUGAAAGAGAUGAUUAUAAAAGAACAAUCAAAUUAUUAGAAGAUAAGAUACAAGAUCAAUAAUAAGAAAUAAAAAGAUUAAAUUUUAAUUGUGAUUCAUAUAUUUAAGAAAUUUAAUAAUCUUCAUUGAGAUCUACAAAUAAAAAUUAAAAUGCAGAAAUUGAAGGAUAUUUAAAAAGAAUAUCUGCUUUAUAACAUGAAGUUUUAGUAUGGCAAGAUCGUUACAAAGCAACAUAAACUUAAGAAUAGACAUAUGCUAUUGAAUAAAAGGUUGCUUAAAAAGAUAAUUAAAUUGCAUUUUUAUAAGAAAGAAUUAGAUAAUAUGAAUUACAAAUAGAUUAAUUAAAAUUAGAGGUAGAUAAAUCUAAAUAGGAAAUAAAUGGAUAUAGAAUUAGUUUUGAAAGCAGAAAAUCAGAUACAUAAGAAGUAAAUGCAUUAAAAAGAAAAAUUGCAGAAAUGGAAUAAGAUAUUUAAAUUUUAAUAUAAGAUUUAAAUGAAAGAGAUUAAAGAAUUAGUACUACAUAAAAUUAAUAUUAAGAAGAAAUUAGAAUAUUGAGAAAUUAACAUCAAUCUUAAUAUUAAUAAGAAUUAAUACAAUUAAGAGAAGAAAAAGAAAAAUAUCAAUAAGAUUAUGAAAGAUUAUCUAAUGAAUAUUUAAUAUUUUAGAGAUAAAGUGAUUAAUAUAAAAACAAUUCUUUAGAACUUGAUUCAUUAAGGAAAAGAAUAAUAGAAUUGGAAUAAGAAUUAAGAAAUUCAAAUUAUUAAUAUUAAGUACUUUAAAAUCAGUAUUCUCAAUUAUAAGUAUAAUUUUAAAAUCAAUAAUCAUCAUAAUAAAAUUAAUAUUAAUUAUUGAGUAUAAAAGAGGAAUAUUAGACUUUGUAAAAUUAAUAUAAAAUGAUAUAAAAUGAGAUUUAAACUUAUAAGGAUCUAAUAAAGAGAUAUCAAAAUGAUUAAGAAGAAUUAUAAUAAGAAAAUUAAUAAUUAAAAUCUUAAAAAUUGUAAAUUGAGAAAAAUUCUUAUUAAUUCACAAGUAUAUAGAAUGAAUAUUAAACUCUUUAAGAACGAUGCAGUUGGUAAUAGAAUGAAAUAUAAUCAUUAAAUGAAUAAAUUAGAAAAUAUAGAAAUGAUUAUGAAUCUUUAAACUAAAAUUUCUUAUUAUUAGAGAGAGAAAGUGAAAUAAAAUAUUCAUAAUAAAAUAAUAAAGAACUUGAGAUAUUAAAAUAAAAGAUUAAUCAAUAUGAAUAACGAGUUUUCUAAUAUGAAACAUAAAUAUCAUAAUUAAGAAUAUAAAUUCAAAACCAAGAAUAACAAUUUGAAUAGUCCUUCAAAGAGAGACUUAGAAUAGAAAUGUAACUUACUGAAUAGAAGGUUACUUAGUAAGGACUAUUCGAAUUAUAAUAAUUAUAAUUAUAGUAUAAAUAAUUGCAAAAUUAGUAUGAUCAAUUAUAGAUCAAAUAUUAAGAAUCUAAUAGUGAGUUAAGAUUAGUAAAGGAAUAAGUUACUAGAUAAAGUCAAUUUGAAAGUUAAACUUAAAGAGAUCAAAUGUAGUAAUUAAGAUAAAUAAAUUUAUAAUUAAAUUAAGAAAUUUCAAAUUUGAAGGAGCUUAAUCUAAAAUAUAAAAAUGACUAUGAAUAAAUCAAUUAAAGAUUUAUUAUCAUUUAAAGAGAAAGUGAAACUUACAAAAGUAGCUCUUUAGAAAUAGAUAGAUUAAGUAGUAGAUUAAGAGAAUUAGAUUAUGAAUUACAAGCUAAAAAUUAAUAAAUCAACAAAUUAUAAUUGGAAUUGAGAAAUUUAGAUAUGUAAAUUAGAGAUGAAUUAGAAUAAUAGUUCAUUUCAAGAUUGACAAUUGAAAGAUAGAAUUUAGAGGAUAGAUUGUAAUAAUAAAGUAUUCAAGAGAUAUAAUAAUUAUCUUAUCAAUUAUAAUAAACAUAAAUGGAAUUAAAUCAAUAUAGAUCUAAGUAUUAGUAAUUAGAACAAUAAUAUAAUUCAACAAAGAUAGAAAUAACUUAGAUUAGAUCUUAAUCAUCAAAUAUUAAUAAUGAAUAAGUUAAGAGAUUAUAAUUAACAAUUACAGAACUAGAACAUGAAAUAUAAACAUUAAAUAUUGAAAUUGAAAGAUAGAAAAAUAUAAGAUAAGAAUAAGAGAAUAAAAUUCAAAUUCUAAUUACAAAUAUAACUGAUUAUGAAUCACGUUUACAUAUUUUAGAAUAAGAAAAUACAAGAUUAGAGGCUAAAGUAAAAAAAUAGAUUUUCACUGAUAAACAAAAUGAUUAAUUGAUUGUGAAUUAAUUAAUAGGACAAUAGAGUUCAGGUAUUAAGAAGACCAAUGUCUAAAUAGUAACAAGAUAAUCUGGAAUAAAUUAAGUAUCUUAAAUACCUACAUCUUACAAUUAAUAUGUUGAAAGAUUUUAAUCUUAAAAUGAAGUUAAGUAAUCUUAAGUAUCCCAAAGAAUUUAAAGUCCUUAAUCUUAAAUAUAAAAUUAUUAAAGUCCUGAUAAAAAGUAAAUUAAUAAUUAUAUUUUUAAUUAGUUAUUAGACUUAGAAAAUAAUGACAACUAAAAGUGUGAAAUAAGCUAUUAUGUCAUCAGCUAAUUAAGGAUGA